GGUUCACUGGAGGACUGAGCGGGGGCGUCCCGGAGUUGAGGCAUGGCGUUGGCAGUCGGCGCUCCUCCUGCGUGCAGAGGAGGGGGGCAUGCCGGCUGCCAGGGGACAACUCGCUGUGCGGGCGCAGCAGUCCGGCCUGGGCGCCGGCGAGUGCCCGCGGCGGCAGCCCGGCGCGGUUUAACGCCAUCCGCGGGGGUGCCAGCUGUGGGCCCCGACCUAGAAUUCCUGCGCUCUGCUGCGCCGGCAACCCUGAGCCAGGAGGAGCUGGGCAAGGCGGUGGAGGAAGCAUUUGAGGAGACUUUUUGGGGCGCGCUGGCGGCCCCGCGCGUGCUGGACAGCUACCGGCGCCUGCUGGCGGGGCGGGAGUACGAGAGGCACUGGCCGGGUCUGGGCCUGCAAGUGGCCAACAGCUACAUCAAGGGCCUGACAGCGGCGCCCCUCCCCGACAUCCAGGCACCCGGCUAUGAGUGGCUGCUGGCAGUGGAGCAGCAGGCGGAUGCGAUCCUGCGAGAGUUCCGCGAGGUGACAGCCGACGCGGAGCUGGCGGCAAAGGGGAACAACAUCUGGGUGCCGGCAGUGCGGGGCGAUGCGGCGGGGUAUGGAGACGACUGGCGCACGCUGGUGCUCCAGGACCGUGGUCACUGGGACCCAGACAACGCCCGCCUCUUCCCACGGACCGUCCAAGUCUUCCAGGACCUCAAAGCGCCCACGCUGGAGGUGUUCUUUGCUCGCCAGCCCGCGGGCACGGGCAUCAAGAGCCACACCGAUUACGUCAACUUCAUACAGACCUCGCACCUGGGCCUGGACAUACCAGCCGGCGACUGCUGGUUCAAGGUGGGCGACCACGUGCGGCAGUGGGAGCAGGGCAGGGCCGUGGUGUGGGACACCAGCUUUGUCCACGAAACGUUCAAUGGCGCCGACCGCGAUCGCAUCGUCCUCAUCAUGCGCCACUGGCACCCCGAGGUCAAGCCCCUGGAGCGCCGCGCCGUGGGUUUCCUCUUCGACUGCCUGGAUGCGCCCAGCCUGGAGGGCAUACGCGCCGCGCAGGCCAGGGCGCAGGCGCGGCUGGGCAGCGUGGCCCACGCCGGCGGCAAGGCCGCCAAGGCCACCAAGGGCAAGGGCAAGAAGAGGGGGGCUACAGGGGAAUGGUUGGGAGAAGACCUUGGGUUCCAGGGCAUUGAGCGCGAGCUGGCGAGCCUGCCUGGCAGCUAUGCCGCCGAGGCGGGAGGCAGCAUGCUGCUGGCGUAUGCGGCGAGCGGCAGCGGCGAGGAAUGCAUCGGCGCCGUGGCGCUACGGCGCCUGGCCGGGCACACGCCCACGCUGGGCGAGGGCGACGCGGUGGCGGGCGUGCCGCUGGCAGAGGUGUGCGAGAUGAAGCGGCUGUUUGUGCUGGAGGGGCACCACGGGUUGGGCGCUGGCGCGGCGCUGGUGCGGGCCCUGCUAACAGCGGCGCCACUCCUGGGCUACCGCCUUAUGGUGCUGGACACGCUUGAGCGGCUGUCGGGGGCCAAUCGCUUGUACAGCAGGCUGGGCUUCCAGCCCUGCAAGCGCUACAACGACUGCCCGCUGCCGGGCGUGUUGUACUUCGCUUUGCAGCUGGGGACGGCCACGUGA